AGUUGAGGCUUAUUUUUUUUUUCAGGAUCGGGAUCGAUCAUUUAUAAAGAUGAUUUCAACUCCGAUAGAUUUAACUAACCUAGCCUCCAAAAUUUCCUUUUUUUAGAUAAUGCAAUUAAAUGCAAUCUGAAUUAUGAAUCGAUUCCUACCUAAUAAAUAUUCAGGACAAUUUUUUUUCAUUACCUAAAAAAGUAUAAUAAUGUCACAUAAACCAAGCCUCAUUUGGAAUACAAAAUAUUUUAUAAAUAUAUAUAUAUAAAAUCAAUGGAAAAAAAAAAGAAAAGAAAAAUGCGAUCUAAUUAUCUUAAAGUGUUUGCACUAUUUGUAAUUGUUUUAUGUGUUUAUCCUUUACGCACGAUAGCACAAAUAAAAACGUUCUUACAUGAAGAAAAAGAUUACGGAUUAGAAUCACCACCUCGUGUGGCGAAAAUAAAGUCAUAUGAUGAUCUUGUAGUUGUAAGAAUUGUUAGAAAUGAUACAAGUAAAUCUAAUGCAAUUGAACAUUGUAAUUAUGAUAUACUUUUUUUAAGAAUGAUUUAUCCUGAUGGAACGGUCAUAGAAAAGGAUAUUAAAUUAGAAGACGUUCAAUUAUUUAAUUAUUGUUCUGUUAAUAUAGAUGUUGAUGAAGAUCAUUUAAAAUAUGAAAUAAUUGAAAAUAAUAAAAUUCUCGUCAUUUAUUAUAAUUCAACAGAUGAUAUAAAAGUUGAAGGAUGGGGAAUGAUAAUUGAUUUUGAUGGUAAAGUGUUUGAUAGAACACCUAUAGGAGUUUGGGGAUAUAAAGAUUUUCGUAGACUUUAUAAACUUCGAGUACCACUUAUACAAAUAAGUUUAAAUAUUAAAAAAGAAAAUGGAUUUAUCAUAGGUUAUAAACUACUUGAAAGUAAUGAUUUUGAAUGGAAACAAUAUAAAGUGGAAUUAGAUGGAAAAUUAACAAUUUUAACUAAUGGAAAGAUUAAAUUAGAUUCUCGUGCAAUUCUUGAACGUAAUUCAUUGAUAUCGACAGUUGAUGAAGGAUAUUCUUUUAUAUAUAAAGUAAAUGAUACAUUACCAAAUUCAGCGUUAAAGGAUCUAAUUAUUGCAGAAUUAAUAGGUUAUAAUAAAACUGAGAUAGAUAAAGUUUACCUUUAUCGAGUAAAUUUAUUAGAUAGAAUCCCUCAACCAAUAUCUUGUAAUAUAGAAUAUGUGGGAGUUGGACAUUCUUGUUCCUUACCUAUGAUAUAUAAUGAAAGUAAUUAUAAUCUUAAAAUUGGAUUUUUAUCAUCUGGAGCAAUUAUUUCAUUAAAUAUUACGCAUAUUGAAUUUCCUAAUAAUGAAUUUCGUUUUAGAUCUUGGAGGUUACAAAGUUUAAUAUUUGGUGGUUAUAUGUUACCUGAAAUAAAUAGAGCUAAUAAUAGAUUAGAUAUUUACGUAUUUGCUGAGAAUGGUACAUUACAUGAUAUUUUAAGUUCAGAGAUAAAUUUAAAUUAUGCAUAUACAAUGUUACCAAAUAAUACUCUCUUGGUCGCACGAAUGGAAUAUAAUAAUACUUGGGGAUUUAAUGUUAUUGAUUUACCUAAACUUACAAUUGAUAAUGGAUAUUAUAAUGCAAAUAUAGAAUCAACAUUUCCUGGAAUUAAUUCUUCAAUAUCUUCAGAUAUUACGAAUAUUUCAAUUGAUUUUUAUGUUCGAGUAACACUAUCAGAUGGUAAAUUAUCAAUAUUUCAAAUAAUUGAUCAAAGAAAAAUUUUACGACAAACAACUUCUGGUAGGGGAUGUAUAUUAGAUAAUGACGAUAAAAGAGUUAUUGUAAAUAUACUUGAUAGUACUUUUAGUAAGUCAGGGGGAAAUUAUUCUAUUAAAAUUGAUAAUAAUUUUAUUAAAAGUAGAACUUAUGGAGAACCUUUAUUAGGAAUAAGAGAAAAUAUUUGGAAUUUCACAAUUGAAGAUAAAAAACAUUUAUAUACUAUUACCAGUUCAACAUCUGGCUUACUUCGAUUAACUGUAGAUGGAACAAAUAUAAUUAAAAAUUCUUCAAAUGUUGAACAAAAUCAAUUCUUUAAUGCUUUAUUGGAUGAAUUGGCUGAUACAGUUCAAAUAUCACGAGGUCGUCUUAGUAAAAAUAGUAAAAAUCAAAUUGAUCCUAAAUCAAAUGAUGGAAGAUUUUUGAUUAAUAUAAAUAUUUAUGAAUCUAAAAAUCCAUAUGAAAAAGAUGUUAAUUCUGUAAUACAGGAUAUAAAUUACAUGAUGUCAUAUCAUGAUCAGUCUCCCAUUGAAAAUGGAAAACUUACUUAUUUGGACUUUACUUAUGGUUUUAUUCCUGCUCCGAAUUAUCUGCAAGAAUAUGGACCAAAAUUAUUGGGUUUACUUUUAAUUAUAAUCCUUUUAGUCAUUUUUUACUUUCUUGCUAACAAAAGAGAAAGAAAGGGUCACAAUAUUGUUAUUUUUAAAUUUAGUUUAUAUAUUUUUGAUUUUGUUUUUGAUACUCUUUUUAUAAUUAAUAAUGCUAAUGAUGUAAAAAGGCUAUAUAUUCCAAGUUUAAUAUUUUAUACUGUUCCGAUAGGAUUAAAUAUGGCAUCAACAUUUUUAAUAAUGGCAAAAGAAAAUACAAGAAAUGAGUUUUUAUCGUGGUUUACAGAAAAUAGUAAACUUGCUAGCAUAUUUACAAUAUUGGCAGGAAUUGAUAUUGAAAUAUUAAGUAUUUUACAUUCAAAUCUGGCAGGUUUUGGUUAUUUUCAAGCUCCAUUUUCCGAUUCUGCUAAAACAAUAAUAUCUUGGAUUGCUUUUAUAAACAUUUUCAUUGAAGAUAUUCCUCAAUUUAUCAUUCAGAUUUUAUUUAAAAUGAGAUCGAUAACAUAUGAUAUUAUUCCAAUUAUUGCUUUAAUCUCUUCAGCGAUAACUCUUAAUUUUAGCAUCAUAAGUCGCUCACAUCAAUCUAUAAAUUAUAUCCGGAAUAAAAGAAGCACGCGCCGUGUAUCCAUUCUUGAACUUGAUGAUAUAGAAUAAUUGACAUAUUGUAUUGAUGGUUGGUCCUUAUAGCAUAGUCUUCAAAUUUAAGGUAAACUCCAGUGGCACCAUAAAAAAAGCUUGGGCACUCGCAGACUAUUUUCAUAUUUUAAUUUUUUUUUUGUAAAUAAUUUCAGUUAUAGAUAGUUUUCAUAUUUUUCAUCUUUUAUCGUUUAUUAUUUAUUUAUAAUUUAGCAUUUUUAUAACAGUACAAACUCAUAUUUCAUAUUCUUUAUUUUUUUUUUAUAUUUAAGAAAUUUUUAUUUCAAAUAAAAUAUCACUUUUAAUAUCAUU